UUACCGCAAGACGCAUUAAUCAACUAGUUACUGUAUGUGCCAAUAUGUUGAAAUCACAUUUUAACCUUCAAAACAAAACGGAACCGGAACAAGAUCAAUUUCUAGAGACAAGUGAGACAGAAGAGGCCCAAGACAAACAAGAUGCACAGGACGCACUAGAAGGCGAGGGUCUCAGCGAAGAGGAGGUUACUGAGCAAAAAGUUGUUUACCCGGAGAGACGGUUGAAUAGAUCCGAAGUAAGCGUUCGACUGAGUCUACUUGGGAAAACUGCUGAAGGAGACGGGUACACAUAUUUAAAGGCCACGUGCACCGGAAUGAGUCUGACGAACAUAUCCGCUAUUAGAUCCUUUCAACACCUACAAUUCGUGAACUUUUCCAAUAACAACUUGGACUUGGAGAGCUUACAAGAUGUCACCGCACUGCCAUUCCUCGUAUUAAUACACGCCGACAAGAACGUACUAUACUCUGCAGCUCUUAAGAAAAUGAAGUACAUGCAAGUUAUUAUAAUGAACAAUAACUUUUUAACGUCCGUUCACGAUGUUUACCAGCCAGAACUGUGCACAUUGGAAGUCGGUUACAAUAAAAUCAAAGAAAUCUCAUUUGCCAAUAAAAUGCCUCAUAUAAAAUGCUUAGACUUCAGAUAUAAUUUGAUUCAAGAAAUCCACGAUAUCGACUUUCCGAACUUAGACAGCUUAUAUUUGGCUGGAAAUAAAAUUACUAGUCUAGUUGGUAUAGAAAGACUGGUGAAUUUAAGAAUUUUACACGUACGUUAUAAUCCAAUAAAAUUAUUGAAUGGUUUCGAUGCUGGAUUGAAGAAGCUACAGUACAUAAAUUUGCGCAACUGUAAAGUCGCCACCUUAAAACAAGUCAAGAAAUUACGAGUUUUGCCCGGUCUAGAAACUCUAAUAUUAAAAGGUUGCCCUUACAUGGGUGGCACAGGAGAAGAAGAUGAUGAAGUAGGAGUAGAGGAAGAAGACACAGAUUUAAGAGUUGAAGUUCUCGCAUCGCUUCCAAAGCUAAAACGAAUCAAUAAAGGAGCUUGUACUCCCGAGGAAAGGUCUGAAGCUAAAGAACUUAUCAAACAAUGGAUCGAAGAAGGCGAGAAUGAUGAAGAGGAAGUAGUUGAAGAGCAAGAACUCGAGGAAAACUCUAACGCAGACUGAUUCCUAUCAACCCACCACGCUCAAAUGUAUAGACUUAUAGAAAGCAUGAGCAUCGCUAGUCGUCACUCGUCUCUUAGUCUGAGGCUUUUAUCUCUCUCCCUCUAUCUCGCUCUCGCUCUCUCUCUCCCUCUCUAUCUCCUCAUGUCCGUACUC